GUCAUCAAGCGAGAGGGCACAGGCUCAGAGGUGCCCAUGAUUGGGGACCGAGUCUUUGUGCACUACACUGGCUGGCUGUUGGACGGCACCAAGUUCGACUCCAGUCUGGACCGCAAGGACAAGUUCUCCUUUGACCUGGGGAAAGGGGAGGUCAUCAAGGCUUGGGACAUUGCCGUAGCAACCAUGAAGGUGGGCGAAGUGUGCCACAUCACCUGCAAACCUGAAUAUGCCUACGGUUCGCCAGGCAGCCCUCCAAAGAUCCCCCCCAAUGCCACGCUGGUGUUCGAGGUGGAGUUGUUUGAGUUCAAGGGCGAGGAUCUGACGGAGGACGAAGAUGGCGGAAUCAUUCGCAGAAUACGGACUCGGGGUGAAGGCUAUGCCCGGCCCAACGAGGGCGCCGUGGUGGAGGUCGCACUGCAAGGGUUCUACGGAGACCAGCUCUUUGACCAGCGGGAGCUCCGCUUCGAGCUGGGCGAGGGGGAGAGCCUGGACCUGCCCUUUGGGCUGGAGAAGGCCAUUCAGCGCAUGGAGAAAGGAGAGCAGUCUAUCGUGUACCUCAAGCCCAGCUACGCUUUUGGCAGCACAGGGAAGGAGAAGUUCCAGAUUCCCCCGUAUGCUGAGCUGAAAUACGAAUUACACCUCAAGAGUUUCGAGAAGGCCAAGGAGUCUUGGCAGAUGAGUUCAGAGGAGAAGCUGGAACAGAGCACCAUAGUGAAAGAGCGGGGCACUGUGUACUUCAAGGAAGGCAAGUACAAGCAGGCUUUACUGCAGUACAAGAAGAUUGUGUCCUGGCUGGAAUACGAGUCAAGUUUCUCCAGCGAAGAGGAGCAGAAGGCACAGGCCCUCCGCCUGGCCUCUCACCUCAAUUUGGCUAUGUGUCAUCGGAAGCUGCAGAACUUCUCAGCCGCCAUUGAGAGCUGCAACAAGGCCCUGGAACUGGACAGCAACAACGAGAAGGGCCUCUUCCGCCGUGGAGAGGCCCACCUGGCCGUGAAUGACUUUGACCUGGCACGGGCUGACUUCCAGAAGGUGCUGCAGCUCUACCCCACCAACAAGGCCGCCAAGGCCCAGCUGGCUGUGUGCCAGCAGCGCAUCCGCAAGCAGCUCGCCCGGGAGAAGAGGCUCUACGCCAACAUGUUCGAGAGGCUGGCCGAGGAGGAGAGCAAGGCCAAGGUGGAGGGAGCCGCGGGAGACCAGCACAGCGACAUGGAGAUGAAGGAUGAGCAGAAGGGCAGCGUGGCAGGGGGCCAGCCUCAGGUGGAGACAGAAGCAUAGCCUCUCCCAGCCCUGCUCCUGCGGCUGCCGCCUCCCGUCCCUGCCCCACUCCACCCUGUUAGUUUUGUAAAAACUGAAGACUUUUGAGUGAAUUAGACCUUUAUUUUUCUAUCUGAUUGGAUGUGGCUUUGGAGGGAAGGGGGAAAGGAGUAGGCUGGGGGUGCGAAGUGGGGGGUAAUUUCAGGUGGCGUCCCCCCUUUCCUUUCCUCCACUACACGUGAACAUACGUCCAUCCACGUAGUCAUCCGAAUGUUAAUUUAUUUUGCUCCCUCUCCCUCUGUUAGGUCCAUUUUUCAGAUGACAGAAGGGGGCAGUGGUAGGGGUGGGGUCUGAUGUGAAACCAGGGUGGAGAGGGAGACCCCUGAGCAGCCGCGUUCCUCCUCCUUUCCCUCUCGGUCCCUUUGCAAACGUGGCCUCCGUGUGGGUGCUAGGGGCAUGGGGAGAACCACUGCUGUGCCCGUCACCUCUCUGUCCCCGUCCUCACCGCGGAUGGUGUGGCCGACGAUGUCUCCUGGUGUCAGAGUGACCACCACUGUCCCCCUUCUGGUGUUCCUGGUACUCCUGUCGUUUCCCCCUCAGCCAGGUCGUGUCCCCACCCAUCCUCAGCCUCUGCACGUUGCUGAAGGUCCAGGCUCACCUCAAGUUCCAUGCUUGAGCAAUAAAGUGGAAACAAGAAAA